AUGCCUAAAUUCCAUCUUUUUGCUUUCCUCUUCUUCUCAGAUGUUUUGGAACUCUACAAAGCCUGUGUGACCGCUGAUCAAGAUGCGGCGUUGAAUCCCUACUUUCGUCUCUUUUUUCGCCAUCAGGACAGCAUGCUCAUGGCAUACCUUUGUAGAACUGUCAUUUGCAAGUGGGCGGGCUGGAAGGACUGCGAAAUGGGUAAGCACGUUUCUUCAUGUUGGUGCUCUUUUAUCCUCUAUAAGUAA